UGAGAAAGUCCUUAAUAUGAGUGUCACAGAAUGCAUGCAGUAAUUUGAGGGAUGAUCUUAGGGUAUUCCCUCGUGGGGAUUCACUCUUGCACAAUCUUCCCUACGAUGUCGCCAUUUCUUCUUCUCCAUCCAUCCUCCAUAUCUAAUCAAUCAUACUACCCAUCAUGCGAAUACUCCUCAUUCUCCUCUCUCUCAUCACCCUCACAACAACCCACCCAACAAUCUCAUCCUACGGGGCAACCCUCCCCCCACCCCCCCUCGACCCCCCCAAACCCGCCACCUCCCGGUCCUAUCCAUGGCGAUCCCGCAUCGCCGACACAACCAACCACAUCACCAAAACGACCCUCUAUGGCCUCGCCCGCACCGCCCACAACCAAGGCCACCCACACUUCGCAACCUACCUGCAACACUACCUCUCCAACACGGGUCGUGACGCCCCCAUCUCCCCCGAUGACCUGAUGGCCUCCCUGCCCGGGUUCCGCGCAGAAGUGCACGCUUUGGCGGAAUUCAAAGCCCGAUUAGCUUUCCAGUCCCUUCUCAUGAACCCCCAUCUGAGCAGUAUCUCGUUUACGAGUUUCUGGCACGAGUAUCUGGUCACCCCGGAGCAGAGCUGGGAUUGGUAUCUUAGUUUAGGACAGUUCGUGUAUAGUGUCACGGGCGUGGUGAGGGUCGAGGAGGGUGGGAGGACGGUGAGUGUGCGGUAUAAGUUGCAUGUGUUUGAUUUUUGUGAUUGGGAUGGGGAGAGGGAUUUGGUCAUUGGGAAGUUCCGGUUUCGGGAGGGCGAGGUCGCGGGGUUGCAGGGGGUGGGGUUGGCCAGGGAGUUUAGGAUUCGGGGGAGUGGGGAGGUGAGGGUUGUGGAGGGGUAUACUCCUGCGAAGGGGUUUCCCACGGUGGAUGUAUAGUGAGAGGGGAAGGGGAGGGGGUUAUGGCUAGCUGGCUAGCGCGUGUGGAUGUAUGAUA